UAUGGCAUAGCUGACGACGACAUCCACCUAAUUUUUCCAUUUGCAGCCCUGUCAAGUAAUAAUUUAGUUUGCGUGAUUACGUCGUUGUUUCUAAUUACGUGCUGUGUGAGUUGUACAGUAAGAACAAUAACUGAAUAAUCGAAAAACAAUAAUGAGCUGACAAAAAGAAAGUUUGCCUUGUAAUUGCAAAAAAAGAAAACAUUCGAGGAUUUUUUUAAAUUAUUAUUUGACUGCUUGGAUCAGCAAUAAUGUGGUCAUUCUUUUCUCGUGAUCCUGCCAAAGAUUUUCCUUAUGAUAUCGGUGAACCCAUUCCUUAUGACUCGGAACGAUGUUACUGGAGUUUACAUAAAGGAAAGAAAAAGGGGACAUCUGAAGAUGUGACAAUUUUCAUCUUGGACGUUAAAAACUCCUCCUCCGCUAUUGUUGACGCAGCCAAAGCAUCGGUCAAAAGACUGAAGACGUUGAGACAUCCGAGUAUACUAACAUUCCUGGAUAGUGUUGAGUCGGAUAAAGCAAUCUAUUUGGCCACAGAGUCUGUAGAACCUUUAGAAAAAUAUUUGGGACGAAGGGAGAGCCCUCAAAGUGAUCUCUCUGUUGCUUGGGGUCUAUUUCAAGUGACGAGAGCUCUUAGUUUUUUAAUAAACGACGGAAACCUGCGCCAUAAUAACAUCCAAAUCAGCUCUGUAUUUGUGAACAGUGCAGGCGAAUGGAAGUUGGGGGGUGUGGAUUAUGUGGGUGGAAAUGAGGCCUCUCCAGUUGUGGGGAAGGUUCCCUCUUCUCUUCAUCAACUUGAUCCCCCUGAAAUGAAAACUGGUGGCAAAGGAAGCAGCAAGUGGAGCUCAGACACCUGGGGACUUGGUUGUCUCGUGUGGGAAGUUUUUAAUCGACCUUGCAAGGACAUUUCUCAACUACGAAACGCUGAAAAUAUUCCAAAGACACUUGGAAAUAUUUAUAAUGAGCUAACCAAUGUGAACUCGGGGUCUAGACCAAAUCCUGCCGAUGUCAUCGCCCGAGGAAGAAGACCUGGAGGAUUUUUCAAAAAUGAUCUGGUAGAUUCUCUACUCUUUUUGGAAGAAAUCCAAAUCAAGGAACAAAAUGAAAAGACUAGAUUCUUUAAUGGAUUGUCAACUGCGCUUGACAAAUUUCCCGAAGAUAUAUGCCGCCAUAAAGUUCUACCACAACUUAUCAAUGCCUUUGAAUUUGGCAAUGCGGGAUCGUCUGUCCUCCUCCCACUGUUUAAACUAGGAAAACUAUUGGAAGAGCCCGAAUAUCAAACUAAAAUUGUUCCGUGUGUCGUGAAAUUAUUUUCUUCGACGGAUCGAAUGACGCGAGUGAAACUGUUGCAGCAGUUGGAUAAUUUUGCAGAUCAUUUACAACCAGCCACUGUGAACGACAAGAUAUUUCCUAAUGUGAUAACUGGAUUUAUGGACACGAGCCCGGUUGUACGAGAGCAUACAGUAAAAGCAAUGUUGUACUUGGCCCCAAAACUAAAUUUCAAUAAUUUAAAUGUGGAAUUGCUCAAACAUUUUGCUCGCUUACAAGUUAAAGACGACCAAGGUGGAAUACGAACUAACACUACAAUAUGUCUUGGAAAAAUUGCAUGCUAUUUAAAUCCUCAAACUAGAAGAAAAAUUCUCAUCCCUGCGUUUACUCGGGUAUUUCAGGAUUCGUUUCCCCAAGCAAAAAUUGCUGGGAUUCUGGGCCUUGCAGCUACUCAACAAUAUUAUCUAAUGAGUGAAGUGGCAACAAAGGUUCUCCCUGCCCUUUGUUCCCUAACGUGUGAUAGUGAUAAAACUGUUCGAGACACGGCGUUUAAAACCAUCAAGGGGUUUCUUUCAAAACUUGAAAAGGUUUCGGAAGAUCCAACUUUACUUCAAAAGUUUGAAGCAGAUGUUGAUGCCAGUGUGCCAUCAGUUGCAGAUGCAGCAUCAUCAUGGGCCGGUUGGGCUGUGUCAGCACUUACGUCCAAGUUCCAUCGAAGUCAGUCCUCACAGUCAGUUACAAGUCAAAGUGGGCAAAUUACGGGAGCUGGGAGGACGAAAGGAAGGUAUACGUUUGGGAACCAGUCAAGCAGUAGCACAUCAACUACUACGUCUAGUAUUCCUUCCACGCCAUCGAUCGAUCGAGACGUUAUGCAACCAUCUGCUGGUCAAGAAUCCGCCACUGACUAUGAAGACGACUGGGACAAUGAGGAUUGGGGGGCUAUUGAUGGAGAUGGUACACAAUCGAAACCCACGGUUAAAGCUUCAGAUAGUUUAACUAGCUCAUCAGCAACUUUAACUCCUAAAAAUUCUGGUGGAGGUGCUGACGGGUGGGACACGUGGGCAAUUGAAGAAACGGAGGAAAGAGAUGGAUGGGAUGACUUUCCAAUUGAUAAUAGUGACCCCAUUUCUAUUAAUAAAGCAAGUUCUAAUCAUGAUGAUUUUUUUGGGAAUGCUAGUGGAACAAAUGCUCAGAAUACCGGAAAUUCAUCGGACUGGAGUAGCAGUGAUAAUGACAGAAGUGGAACAACUAUUCCUGGAUCCGACACCGGGAAGCUAGAUGAAAUGCGUAAACGACGCGAAGAAAGGAAACUACACCGACAAAAUGAGCUGCAAGCUAAAAAGGCAACAAAAAGUGGGCCGUUGCGACUAGGGGCUAAAAAAAUCGAAUCGCUAGAUUGAAACGUCCCCUCCAGUUACAUAGUCUUUGCUGUUACAAGUCUGCACAACUGCUUCAAAUUUAUUGACCUUUAUACAUACUUCGUGCAACACUUGCAAAUGCAAACAUACCACUUCUCUACCACGUAAUAUAUAUAUUCAAUACUUUGUUCUUUACUCAAAAAUAGUCCCAAAGUUGGGAAGGUACAAAGUUUUUUUUUAAAUUAUUGUAAUACCAUUACUUUUUUUACAAUCAUAUGUAAUAAAUCCACCACACGGACCUUGCGCAUGUCGCACAAACCUCAA